UUCAGUAGCCACCUAGGGUCUCAGAGUAAGACUAUGUCGAGACUCCGCAUGUCUGGAGGGUCUUUGCUGAACCCUUGAGGAUGGCCAUUCCAGGCUAAAGUAGUCACUGCGAUUUGGCAGCCAUGACAUCAUUAUCCAGUAGUUGUCUGCAUUCUGUGGGGAAACCUAGAGCAUCUAUCUCCAGGUGCUAAAAAGCCACAGUGAUGAGCCUUCUAGAGAUUCUUUUUUUUUUUUUUCUGUAUUACAUCGCUUAGUGGACUCUCUGAAUCUAGAACUGUGUCAGCAAAUGACAACCCUUGGGCCAGACCCAGUAUGAUGCUUUGAUGUGUAGAGUUCUCUGAGAAUCCCGGCACACCCAUUUUCCUCCCCUCAGCCUGGGACAUUGUCUUCCAGGCAGUGUUAGGGCUGUGGUGGCUCAGGCCCUCAAGCCUGAACCAGUCUCUGCCCUUUGUAGAAAACACGCAUGGGCCCUACUCUGGAGGCUUGGAUCUGACCACAUUUCCAGGAUGUCACCAUCUCUGUGUGUUACCAAUAGGCUGCUGGGUGGCCUGGGCCAGCAAGGAGAAGCUAUUCAAGUGCCAGUCUUUGGUGCCUUUCGUUCCUCAUGGUGGUUGGCAGGGGUUGGCGUGUGGUGGCAUUUGCCUCUGGAAGCAGGAGCAUGCGGGUGCCCUCUAGUGUUGAAGACCCUGAGUCUGCAGCCUUGGCCCUGCAAGUGUUUACCGCUCUUGUGGCUCUCCUCUUGGCAGCGCCCAGUAUUCCAGCUCCUGUAUGGGAUUCCUUAGCUGUUAACACCAGCCAAUGUCACAGCUUUCCUCUGGCCAGCUCGUAGACCCUUGGCUCCAAAGACUCCCCGAGAGCACCGAGGAGGCACCAGGCUUUCUCCUAGAGUCUGACAGCUCUGUGCUGGGCACCUUACAGAAGUACCUGGCCGUAUAUAAGAUCCGGCGGAAGGUCGCUGUGGAGCCAUGUCCAGAGCUCCAGGUGUGGGCUGUGCUACCCUGUGCCCCUCAGGUCCCCGAGGCUGUACCACUAGAAGAGAGGGCGGAAGCCACCACCAUCCUCACCCGUGACCCCCGGACUGUACGUAUGGGGUGGCGGCUUCUCACUCAGGAUGACGGCCCAGCCUUGGUGCCCAGGGGACAGCUUGGGGACCUCCGAGAUUAUCAUACACACCGGUACCAGCAAGGCAUCCCUGAGGGGGUCUGUGACCUGCCCCCAGGGACAGCCCUACCCCUGGAGUCCAACCUGGCCUUCAUGAAUGGAGUGAGCUUCACCAAGGGCUGCUACAUUGGGCAGGAGCUGACGGCCCGCACCCACCACACAGGCAUCAUUCGUAAGCGUCUCUUCCCUGUGAGGCUCGAAGGUCCCCUGCCUGCCAAUGGCAUCAGCCCCGGCACCUCAGUGACGGUGACUGCAACAGGACAGGCAGCAGGCAAGUUCAGGGCCGGCCAGGGACAUGUGGGCCUGGCUUUGCUGCGGUCAGAGACCAUCAAGGGUCCUCUCCACAUAAAGACCUCCGAGAGCCAACAGGUUGCCGUGACUGCCUCGGUGCCGGACUGGUGGCCCACGGCUGCCAAGUAGCUGGAUGCCCUGGAGUUUCACCGGCCUUAGAGUUACCAGGUGCCUCUGAGCUGCUGCCCAAGGUCUUCCACGAUGUGUGCUGUGCCCCGUUGGGUAUGAGUUCCUUCUCCUGUGGUGGCUUCCUGGACACACCCACUGGGGAAGUUCCGUGUGCUCCAGGCUACUGAUUGCCUGCUGCUUCCUGCAGAGGGUCCUACUCUUGUGAACUCUCCUCUCUCAAGUGUGUGACAGAGAACAGAGUCGCCAUCCUGAUUCCGGGAGAGGGAAGGGUCUGAGCUCCCUUUUGGAGCAGAUUCUGAAUGGGAUUUGAUACAGUCCAUGGGCCAAGGCAAGAGUGAAGCCUCCGUCCAGUGUCAGCUCCCUAACCUUGUUUCCCUUGGAGGAAGGUACUCUGUGUCUGCAAAAUUACUGGGCCAGGAAUGCAGGCUUUGUGUUCUCUUGAAACACAUCUCAGGGCAGGAAUUGUUUGGUUGUGUGCACGGUGGGGAGGUUGAGUCCCUUGGACUGGGACCUGUGUUCUGUGAGCCACAGGGACUGCAUGGCCACUGUCCCAAGGGUUCUUCUCACUUCUCAAAGUGAGCUGCUGUCUCUUCACACUCCCCAGCAAGCUCAGGAGGCAGGAGCCCUGGGCUCAGGUCCAUCUGGGAGGAGCUUCUGUGUGGCUAACCUUUUUGCUGGUUUGGGAUGUCAUUUUAUAUAUAUGCUGUCAGUGGGGAGUGACUUGCUGUUGGGGUGCGUUCUCCCCAGAACCACUUUUUCUAACCUUUGUAAUGUGAACUGGGGUCUUGCCACAAAGCCUAAGGACCAGUAAAGUGUGAUCUGUAAACAGCCCCUUGGGAACUUUGGCUUCAUUUCGGGCAGGUCUGGUAGAACAGACCCAUGACAUGGCUGUCCCUGGAGAUCAUGAGCACACCAGAUCAAAGUGUCCCAUUGUUGUAGCUAUCUAGCUCUGGUUGGUCUUAAACUUGAGAUUCUCCUGCCUUGGCUUCAUGAGUGCUAGCUAGAUUGACAGGCAUGCACUGCUGUGUUUUACAAGAUACACCUAUGUCUCUCUCUUUCAAAAGAUGUAUUUUGUUUUUAUGUCUAGAUAUGUGUGUCUACGUAUGCAUAUGGAUGUAUAUCUGGGUGCCUAUGAAGGACAAAAGUGGGUAUCAGAUACACUGGAAUUAGAGUAACAAGAGGUUCUGAGCUGCUGGACGUGCAUGAUGGGAACUGAAUUUGGAUCUUCUACAAGAGCAGCAAGUGUUCUUAACCGCUGAGCCAUUGCUCCAGACCCAAUACAUUUUUUUUUAGCAGAGUUCUAUGGGCCAUGCUGGGCUGGCAGGAAGUGGGGUGGCCUCUGAGUCUGGCACAGGGAGUGGACGCCCAGGCUUCAGGGUUAGGGUGGAUAGCUCUGCACUGUUUUCUGCAGUUGCCCUCAAGGUGAGACCACAGAGGGCUGGGGUGAGGAGUAGCCGAGGUAGUUAUUCUGGAGCCAGGGACAGUGGGGAGUCCUAAGAACUGUGACUUUGGAGGCUACCUAGGCUAGGGUUCUGGGCGCACUCUGAACUCAAGUGCAGUUUGCAGCAGCUUGGUGCCCCCUGAGUAGACUGGUGAGUUGGGGGUGGCCUCCCUCUUAGGCAGGAUGUGAUGGGGGCACCCUGAAUGACCUCACUCCUCAUGGUACUGAAUGGGUGGUCAGUGUAGGGGACAGGGACCUGGCAGACACAACUUGAAGGAUGGAUUACUUUGGGUCACGAGUUUAGGGGGUUGCAGUUCAUAGUGGAGCUCAUGGCCGUGGGGGUGUGGCAGAGUCCCUCACAUGGUAGGGGAAGUAGGAAGCCGAGAAUACCCUUCAGAACAGGACAGACCUCACACUCCACAGGUUACACCGCCUCCCAAGCAGCGCCACCAGCUGAGGACCACCAUGAGGUCAAAUGUGAGCCUGUGGAGGACACUGCACAUUCAAACCACAACACUUGGGGUGCACACAUAGGCUGUGCAGGUCCCAGCACGGCUGGCAGACCCCACCUGUCCUGGUCUACGACUGCCUUGUGCCCUGUGACUGCCUGUCCACUCAGGAGCAAUACUGCAGUUGUGUUGAAUGUUGAGGUAAAAAAUGAAAUCAACUGUGCUCUGGAAGUCUGUGACUGCUGGGCUCCUGCUGACCCACCUGGCAGCUUUUUUAACUGACAUGACAUAAAUUGGUGUGCAGUCAUGUGAUUGGCUUUUGCCCUCUCAAACCUGAUGGGGAGCUGUCCGUACAGGGAUUGGUGCCUCUGGGCCUUGUCCCUCACACAUUCCGGCUUUCAAAAGGAGGCCAGAAAGGUUCUAAGUCCCCUUGGGUAAAGAAAGGGCAAGUCCCCAAAGAGGCGGAUGCUGCUUUGGGCUGAGGCACUGCCUCAUGAGUGCUCGCCCGCUACCUGAUGUUGGACUCUUACAAUCCGUCUCAGAAGUUUAGAGUAGCAGCCCCACACAGUAGAAAUGCUAAUAGGUGGAGUCACCUGUGCAUUGGGCUGGCCUCCAGGGACCUCAGGGCCACUCUUAGUGAUCCAGGCGUGCGUUUGGUCUUCACAUCCUCACAGGGGUCUGCACGGACCCUAGUAUAGACACUUGAAAACCGUUAACUGCUUUUCAGUGUAUUUUGUAAAAAGCACAAAGCUGUGAAAAAUAAACUGAUUAAGAGGAAAAGGUGCAGCUGUUAUUCUGGUUUAGUUUAUU